AUGUUGGCACCUGUUUUUUCUUUACAGUUGAAUAAUAAAGUAUUUCCACGAACAUUUUCAGUUGGAAAAUUUAAUGGUAAACAACCUUGUCUUGUUGGUGCUACUGCAGGAGAUAAAGUACAAAAAGUUUUUAUUCAUUCUCCACGUGAUACCAAUCCUCAAUCACAGCAACUAGAAGGAAAUAUUUCACUUGUUAAUGUUAAUCAAGUAGUAACAAGUUUAGCAUGUGGACAGCUUGAUGAACAAUUACAAAGAGAUUUACUUGUUGUUGGAACAAGUACAAAUAUAAUUGCUUAUGAUAUUGAUCGAAAUGUUGAUUUGUUUUUUCAAGAUACUCAAGAUGGUGCACAUGCAAUCAUCAUUGGCAAAUGGGGUGAAUUACCUGAACAAUUAGCUAUUGUAGGUGGUAAUUGUUCUAUACAUGGUUUUAAUAAAAGAAGUGAAGAUGUUUUAUGGACAGUAACGGGCGAUAAUGUAUCAUCACUUGCUUUAUUAGAUUUUAAUAGUGACGGUUAUAAUGAACUUGUUGUUGGUUCAGAAGAUUAUGAUAUUCGUGUAUUUCGUGAGGACCAAUUGAUAGCUGAUAUGCAAGAAUCAGAAAUAGUUGUUUCAAUAUGUCCAUUAAGUAAUGCAAGAUUUGCAUACGCCUUAUCCAAUGGGACUGUUGGAAUAUAUGAAAGAUCAAAUCGAAAUUGGCGUAUUAAAUCAAGAAAUAUUGCGAUUGUUUUACAAACAUUCGACGCUGAUGGUGAUGGUGUUGAUGAAUUAGUAACUGGUUGGAGUAAUGGAAAAGUUGAUAUAAGAAGUGAUCGUACUGGUGAAAUAAUUUUUAAAGAUAGUCUUAAUUCAUCAAUUGCUGGUGUUGUUAAAGCUGAUUACCGAGUACCAGGAGAAAAUUUAUUGAUUUGUUGUACAAAUGAAGGUGAAGUUCGUGGUUAUAAAUUUUCUGCGCAAGAUGCAGUUGCAGCUGCUGCUUAUGCAUAUAAAAAUAGCCAAGAAGCAGCUUUACUUCUUGAACUUCAAAAUCUUGAAUAUGCAAACCAGAACACCAUAGAAACAAAUAAUAAAUCAUUAGUAAUUGAUGCUACAACUGAUAUUCCGUUAACUUAUGUUAAAUUUAGUCAUCCAGCAGCGAAUCACGUCCGAGAAUAUAUAACUGUACCUAUAAUUAUACCUCGAGAUGUUUCUAUUGAUUUACACUUACAAGUCUUUGUUGGAAUGAAAACAAGUACACUAUUUCAUUUAUUCGAAUUGUCACGACAAUUACCUGUUUUUUCUAUGUAUAUGUUAGUUGAAAACUCACUUGAUACAGAACCAAAAGGUUUUGUAACGUUUUCUAUAAAUGAACGUAUGUCAAGAAUUCUUGUUUGGAUUAAUCAUCAUUUUCUUUUUGCUGAAGAAUUUUCACCUAAUAUGGCGAGUUUAUAUGUUACGUUUUUAUGCGUAAGAACAGAUCUAAAAUUAGUUAUUAAAAUGCAAAAUACUGGACAAGUUAGAAUUCAAACAGAUGAUAUGGAAUUAGCUGGAAAUAUAAUUCAAUCAUUAGGAAAAUUUUUAAAAAUUGAAAAUUUACAAACCGUUGUUGAUUUUCCACAAGAAUUUGAAAUACUUGAACAAGUUUUUUAUCAAAUUGAAGCAUAUCAAAAUGCACGUCAAAAAAUUUCAUCUGAUAUGGCUGAACAUGCAAGUGUUAUACGAAAUUUUUUAAUACGCGCUGAAGAUGCUCGUUUAAUUGGUGAUAUACCAGUUAUGAAACAACAUUAUAUUGAUUUACUCAAUUUAAAUCGUGAUUUAAUUAAUGGUUAUCAAAUUCGAUGUACCAAUCAUGAAGAAUUAAUGAAAAAUUUACGAUAUCUUAAUCAAACAGUACAAAAAGCUGGAAAUUUAAGAAUUGGAAAAUAUAAGACAAAUACCAUUAAUCAAUGUCGUGUAGCGAUUAAAGGAAAUAAUGUACAAUUAUUAAUUAAAUCGAUUAAAACUGGAAAUGUUUAA